AUGAAAUUCGCAAUAAUCAACUCGGACCAACACUUCAACAUAGCCUACACGAAUAUACAAGUAAUAGUGGAUCAUGUGAUACUCGAAAAAUCAGAGAAUAUUUGGACAACGAAGAUAUUAUAUACUCUGCAACAGCAACAAGAUUGUAUAGAAUUUUUAGAAGCACUUAUGCACCGUAGUAGACCUACAUUUGAAUCUUUAUAUGGAUUUCAAGAAUUGUAUACCAUUCGUUGCAAUACUUGUAAACAUACAACGGCCAACAAUGCACCUACAAGUUUGAUUCUACAUUUUGAGAUUCCACAGCACAGAUCACAAACUUUGCAAACAUUAUUUUCAACAAAUCAAAAUGUUUGGAAUACAUUAGAUGAUUACAAAUGCAAUAAUUGUAAUAACAUCGGAAGUUCUGAAGAUAAACAUCAGAUAAUAGUGGCAAAUGAGUAUAUAGUAAUUCAACUAAAACUAUUUAUUCCAGCAUUUGUAAAUGGUCAAUUUGUUCCCAACAAGAUAACAGAUCUAAAACUUAGUGGCGUACCCACCUCUAUUUUGGAAAUUGCUGGAGCACAAUACAAAACUCAAGCUGCAAUAUUACAUAUGGGAGAAAACACGAGCUCUGGCCAUUACAUUGCAUACCUGAGACAAGGAACUUCCAAUUGGGUUUGCGCCAAUGACACAAUAGUUGCAGAAAAAAGGUGGCCAAACAACAGCAAAGAUGUAUAUGUUAUCAUUCUAAAAAGAAUGUAA